GGUAGUUUAGAAAUAACAAAAAAUAUCGAAAGGAAAGACAAUCACCACUCAAAUCACAGUCAAGUGUCGUCUAUGAGGUGAGCGUCUUCUCCGAACACUCGCAGUUGUUUCAGCGUCCAUGUCUCGCUCUUGCUCGCCGAUCUAGGCCAUUUCCAACCCCCCCCUCUCUCUCUCUCUCUCACUCACUCCAUUCCUACUAUGGACCAAAGACGAACCGAUAGCCCCGUCUAUGCUCGUCAAUGGAGCAGCGAGUCCAAUUCCACCACUGGAAACUCCUCUCCGGUAAUGUCACCGUCGCGUAAUCGCCAUGUUCGAUCUUCCUCUUCCUCAGGGAUCUCCAACAUUAAGCGCACUCAGAACUUCGCCGCCAAAGCUGCUGCUCAGCGCCUUGCUCAGGUCAUGGCCUCCCAGACGGCCGACGACGACGAUGACGACGAUGGUGACCUAGGAUUUCGUUACAGUGCUCCUCCACCGCUUGCUCUCUCCAGGAAUGUCAACAAUGGUGCUAAAUCAUCGAUUCCGACUUCGAAGACAACUCGAUCUCCUUCUCCAGCGUUGGCUCGGAACUUUGUAGAAGAAACUACAUCUGUACGAUCCACCUCAACUGGAAGGCAAUCAGUUCGUACAGCUCCAGCGCCCAUGGUACCCCCAAAAACAUCUCUAAGGACUGCGGUUUCUAUGCCACCAUUGGAGCCUCCCGCCAAAAACAGUAAACAUAGACUUUUUUCAGAUUCAGGACCCUAUAGCGCGAAAGAUUCUGGAGAUCAGCGUGGGGCAUCUGUACUUCGUGAUGAACUUGAUAUGCUGCAAGAAGAAAAUGAAAAUAUUCUUGACAAGCUUAGAACUGAGGAAGAUAAAUGUGAGGAAGCAGAGGCCAGGGUUCGGGAACUUGAAAAACAGGUUGCUGCACUGGGGGAAGGCGUAUCCUUGGAAGCUAAACUUUUGAGCAGGAAGGAAGCAGCAUUGCGUCAAAGAGAGGCUGCACUUAAGGAUGCAAAACAGUCAAAGGGUGGAGUAGAUAAGGAAAUUUCUUCCCUGCGUUCUGAACUUGGAAAUGCAAAAGAUGCGAAGGAAGCAGUUGUACAACAGCUUAGUGGAGCUGAAUCUGAAGUAAAAGCUCUUCGAUCAAUGACACAAAGAAUGAUAUUGACUCAGAAAGAGAUGGAAGAAGUAGUUCUCAAGAGGUGUUGGCUUGCUCGCUACUGGGGCUUAGCUUCAAAAUAUGGGAUAUGUGCAGAUAUAGCUGUGACAAAGUAUGAACAUUGGUCUUCAUUAGCUCCUCUUCCAUUUGAAGUUGUUGUUUCUGCAGGACAAAAGGCCAAGGAGGAAAGUCGAGAAAAGGGUGGUAAUGAUCCUGAGAAGAGAAUCAAGCUUGUUCAGGAUUGGAAUGAUCUAACUGGAGAAGGAAACAUUGAGAGUAUGCUUUCAGUUGAAAUGGGACUGAAGGAACUUGCUUCCUUAAAGGUUGAGGAUGCUAUUGUGCUUGCAUUGGCCCAGCAGCGUCGCCCAAAUUCUGCUCGAUUAUCCAUUUCAGUUUCAGAUUUCAAAUCACCUGGUGAUCCAAAAUUUAUGGAGGCAAUUGAGUUGAGCCCGGAGGAGUCAGAGGAUGUUCUUUUCAAGGAGGCAUGGCUUACAUAUUUCUGGAGAAGGGCCCAAGUUCAUGGUAUUGAGCAGGAAAUCGCCAAAGAAAGACUUCAAUUUUGGAUAAACCGCAGUGCACACUCACCAACCUCACAUGAUGCUGUUGAUGUUGAGCAAGGUUUAAUGGAGCUCAGAAAAUUGGGGAUCGAGCACCGACUCUGGGAAGCGUCUCGCAAAGAAAUCGAUCAGGAUUCCACUUCUACUAUUGCACCAAAAUCUACUGUCCAAUGACAGUCUCAUUAUCAUACGUAGUUCUUUUCUUUCUGGCAUCUGUUUAUAGCGUUUUUGCCUAUCACCACGUUACUACCCCUUAAGGGUCGCUUAUUAUACGCAAGAAAGUACUACAAGGAAAAUGAAAUGCUUAUUUAUAAAUUAGCACGAAUUAUGAUGAAUUGUGCUUGGUGUUGAGUGAGAGUGUGGCUCAUAUACGUUGUGUGUCGUUUCUUUUAGUUCUCUAAUUUAUGUUACUUUACAGUAGGCAGUGUAAAUCGCUUUAUCUUAAUUGACAUGCUUAUACUAUACAAAAUCGAUUUUGAUGGAAAACCACAUGUGUAAAAUGACGCAUACACAUAAUUUUGUAA